GUUGUGCUGGGCGUGUCCUGCAUGACUAUAAAUCCCUGAAUAAACUUUUAGUCAGUCCCAGCAUUCUUCACUGAAGCUCAGUUUCUCCUCAUCCUUACUUGCACUUACAUUUGUAGCAAUGACUGAGUUGGAGAAAUCCAUGGAGUCCAUGAUCGUGGUGUUUCACCGCUAUGCUAAAGAAGGUGGAGAUAAAAACACCUUAAGCAAGAAGGAACUGAAAAAAUUAAUUGAGAACGAAUUACCCAACUUCUUGAAGAGCCAGAAAAACCAGGACACUCUGGAUCGCAUCAUGAAAGAUCUGGACCAAAACAAGGAUGAUGAGCUGGAUUUUGAGGAAUUCAUUCCAUUUGUCACCGGCCUCUCUAUUGCCUGUGAAAAGCAUUUCCCUUUGCUCCAUGAAAAGAAGGGCAAGAAGUGAAGUGCAAACAUAAAAUAAAACUAUGUUGACGUGUUUUUAGAUGGAGCACAUGUAGCACAACUGUGCAUCAGAUUCAAAUUAAAAGCGACCCUUGACAUGA